GACAUUCAACUGGUCAACAACAAAACAACAGCAUAUACGACAUACUGCUCGCAUACGGCCAUAACGGCAAGGUUUAGCUCUGUCAAGGCUGUUCGCGUGCGAGUGUGUCGUGCUGAUAGAAGCCACUCAACGCCAUCGCAACCCCCCGUGAGUACGAACGUGGCAUCUGCAGGUUUGCUUCUCCAUCUUCAUCUGCCAAUGGUGAGGCUGUGA